AAUCUUAUUAAUUUUACUCCGAUAAAAGAUAUACUAUUAUUACUACAGCAUGUUUUUCAUCCAUAUCUAAUUGAUUAUUGGUGUAUAAAUCAGGCCUUGCUUUGUUCAUAAUACGGUUUAUUCGAUUGAACUUAGUAUUUAAAAUCAGUUGCUAUUUGGAGAACAGUAUGAACAGUACAGUAAAUAUUACCAAAGCAAGCAAAUUAUCACAAUGAAUCGAACUUUUUCUUUAGCAGAAGUUUACAGCAAAGUGAGUUGUUUCAGCGUGAUGACUGUGAAGCAUGAGGAUCGUUGCAAAUUUGUAAGCGCGGCAGAUAAUUGCAAACAUAUCAUGAAUCUAUUUAGAUACUACAAGAUCAUGUAUUGCGCUCUGGAAGUCAAUGACAGAAGUUCGGAGCUGAUUAUUAUUGUCCUCUACGCUGUGAUGGUGUUCUUCUUGAUUCUGUGGACCUUGAUGCUAAUGCAGAAGUUCUUCUGUCAAGUUAUAAAGAUUCUUACCAUUAAGCUGAAUUUAAAUGAAUAUUUAGCUGGCAUCACUUUAAUUGCCAUGUGCAACUCAUCGCCGGAGCUACUGACGCAUCUGAUGCCCGUUCGAAGUCUGUCACCGGUGUAUUCGAUAACCUUGAGUAGCGGGAUAACCGUCCUUUCGUUGUCCGGCGGUAUUAUUUGCUAUCUGAGAUCGUUUCAGAUUAACAACGCGUGCGCAAUACGUGAUAUUCUCUUUCUAGUCUUGUGCAGCGAGUUGGUGCUAUACUUUAUAUUAACAGAAGGACGUACUAGGAUAUGGGAAGCUGUCGCUCUGAUAACAUUGUUUUUAACAUAUGUGAUCAUUAAUGUAAUCGAUCUGAAACUGUCACGUCUUUACAUGGAGAAAGUGAAACGAAAGAUUGCCGAAAUGAAAACCAGAGAUUUGACAAUCGGUGAUCACCAGGAGCUGAGUAACCUUGAGUUAGAAUUCUCUACCUUAGAGAUACACAAUAUGAUGGGGCUGCACAACUAUCGGCAUACCUAUUACUACGAUAAUAUGAUUCGGAAAAGCUCUUUGCGCAGGUCAACGAUUCGUCGGUCUACGCUUGGUCUUGGACGUGUCUCAAAGCCAAUUCCACAAGAGAAAGGCAUUGACUUGAACAGCACAUUCAAUAUACUCCAUAAUCCGGACAAUCCCAAGAACAUGUUCAUCUUCAGCGAAUUCCGUGAGGCGCUGUGGCCCGUCGAUAGAGAGCAAUGGCGUCUGAAAGGCUGGUGCGGACGUGGCAUACUCUUAAUACUCGCCCCUUUAUAUCUCCUCAGCGUUAUCAUAAUACCAAACCCGGACUAUACGGCCGAUAAGCAUGGCUGGAGCAAGUUGCUCAACUGCAUUCAAAUAAUAAUCAGUCCGUUUAUUUGUACGUUAAUUAUUCAUGCUCUUCAUCUAAAGGACUAUGAUGAGUACUCCAUGAAGUUUGACUUUAUCUAUGCCCUAUACUCGCUUGCGAUUACUGUACCGUUAGCAAUAGCUGUGCUCAUUCACUCUCGCACAGAUAAGCCGCCCGCUUAUCAUAUCAUCUUUGCAAUACUUGGCUUCAUCAUAACAGUUAUUAUUUUCUCCAUCUGUUUUACCGAGGUGCAGGUGCUGUUCUCAAUCAUUGGUCUGUCUUUUGACUUAUCGGAGGACUAUGUAGCGAUCAGCAUUCAUGUGCUUGCCGCAUCCCUAAGCGAUAUAAUUUUGAAUUCAUCGCUCGCUAAACAGGGCUACGAGCGAAUGGCAUUUGCUGCAACUAUAUCACAUCCCAUCUUAGAGUUGACAUUGGGCAUGGGCUUGGUCUGUUUAGUGAAUGCUCAUGCUCAGGAAGAGGGCGCAGUCAACUGGCUGAUCGGCAUACACGGUUAUAUAAUUCUCGUCUUCUAUAUGAUUGCAGUCUUUUCGUACCUGGGCUGGGGCUUGAUCUACAACUUCUUCACUCGUCGAUCGAUGGGAAUAUACUCAUUUAUCAUAUACGCUUUGUUCUGUUUCUAUAUUAUUCUAGCUGAGUUAGAAAUUAUUUACGAUAUAACAUUUAUAUCGCCAUAUAUCGAGCCAAAAUAAAAAUAAAAAUAUAUAUUAACAAGAACAGAUGUA